AUGGCUGCAGGAUCGCUUGUUGCUGUCAAUACACUAUCGGACGAUGAUAUCUCAAAAAGUUUAAUGGAAUUAGGUACUGAUGAAGACAACAGUUUAAAGGCUAACGAUGUCUUAAAAAUAUUAAAAGAAAAGAUUGCUUUCUUGUCAGGUGGUCGAGAUAGAAGUGGCAGAGCUAUCAUCACUUUUCUAGCUAGGGUAACAUUUGUUGACAUCGAAAGUGAACGUCUAAUAAAGCUAAUAAACUAUCUUGCAAGCAUUCCGUGUCAAGAAGUAAAAGUCAAAGGCCUGACUGUCAUUGUUGAUGGAAGAUCUGUCGAUUGGAGAGGCUUAAAGCCGCUACUGAAUAUACUGGAAGAAGCUUUCUUAGAUACUAUCGCUAAAGUAUUUGUUAUAAAAUCCGAUUCCUUUUGGAAACGUGGCAAAGCAAUGAUUACACAAAUGAAGACCGAAUUAAAUAUGCAGGUGGUUUCUAUAUCCAAUUUAGUCAAGCAAAUUGAUAUUACUGACUUAACGGAAGAAUUGCAAGGAAUAUUACCAUACUGUCACGAAGAAUGGAUAGAAUUGCGCCUAAUGUUGGAAGAAUUUUCAAGAAAAUCAUUAGGUGUUAUUCAUCAAAUGGAUAAAAUAUCCGAUUCCGUCGGCAACCUUAAUUUACCAAAAGAACUAGAGGCAAUUAAAGAAAGGAAAAAAGAUCAUCUGAAAAUAAAGCAACUAAUGCACAAUCUUCCCAUUAAUGAAUUUGAAGAAAACGGACAAACUAUUCUAGAUUUGAUUCAAGGAGAACGACCUAUUCGAACUUCCUUAGAAGACUUUACUGCCAGUGCAAGCCGAAUCCAAACACUAAUAAAUAUUAUGCAUACAAAACGUCAACAAUUGCGUGACCAAUGGCAAAAACAAAAAUUAAACCUGGAUCAACAUUACCAGUUAUGCCUUUUUGUCAAAGAAAGUGGAAAAGUCAGGGAAUGGAUUAAACGCAAUAGAGAUAAUUUCUUGAUGAAACUCACUGACAUUGGAACUAGCAUCGAAUCUGCUAAGAGGCAUAAAGAAGAUUAUCAUAGAUUUCAAGAGAGUGCAAUGAACGUAUAUGUAAACGUUAGUAAACUAUUGCAACAAGGUAACAAAUUAUUUCCCAACAUGCAAUAUGCCAAAGAAGAUCUUCUGGAGGAAUGUGAAACACUUGACAGAGAAUGGAAACAUUUCGCUGCCAGUCUGGAAGAAAGGGGAGCCUUGGUACGCGAAUCGCUUCUAUUUCACAAAGAGUACGAAAAUUUCAUCAGAUUAGUGGACAAACUUAAAAGAGCUUGUCAUCAUGAUAGAGAAAGAAUACCUCAAGGUUUAUCAACCUUACAAGAUUUGCAAUUAAAGCAUAAUACCAUUCAAGAAGAAUUUAAAGAAGCUUAUAAUAAAAUUAAAAGGAUUGGUAAAGACCUUUCUCAACUGCUUCAUACACCUAGUACUAUCGUCAUUAACAGUAAUAUGUGGACCGCAGCUAGUCCUACUUACAAUGAAGCAGCAAAUCAUGUUUUGAGUCUGUUGCACACUGUCGAGAUAGAAAAAGAAGAAUUCGAACGAAAAUGGUCCUCAGUCGUCAAAAAACUUGAUCAAAAAUAUCAGCUAUGUAUAAUCGAUGAAGAUUCCGAUCGGGUUAUUGAGUGGAUUGAACUGCAUGGGGAAAUGUAUUUAAUAAAAAAUUUUCGUAUAGCAAAAUCUCUAAGCAAAGCAGACAUGCUUUUACGAAAACAUGAAGAAUUCGAGAAGAUGUGUGAGACUAUGUACAAUAAUGCAGAGAAAUUAUUAAAGACUUGCGAACACCUUACUGAAACAGCAGAAUGCGACAAGCGUGCCGUACAAAAUUUAAGAAAAAGGCUAUUCGAUACUGUGGAAAAUUUUCGUAAAUGUGUAUGCAAGCGUAGAGAAAUGAUAGAAUUAUCUAUUGUUUUUCAUAGCCAUACUAAAGAGUUUACGAAAUGGUUAAAUGGUGUUAAAAUGAAGUUGUGUCAGGAUGCAUUUGCCUCCUCACUAGCGGAAGCUAAAGAGAUGCUGGAAGGAUGCCAAGUUAGGCAAAAGGCAGCACUUAAUGCUCAACGAUUAACAAAAGGAGACUGUGACAAUCUUAUUAGGAGCUUAAAAGACCAUUACGAAAGUUUUGCUGCUCUAAAGAAUAAAAAUAAGCCAUCCGAAGAACUGCUCAAUGAAGCAGUUGAUCUUGUGGAAGAAGUAAUUGCUGGCUUAUCAGAGAAAAGACGCGCAGUAGACGGUUUGUGGGCAAUGCGUCUAAGCAAGCUGGAACUAUGUCUUGACUUUUUUGAGCUUAAAGAAAACAUUGAUAAGUUUAUGCAAGAUUGCGAUCAACAACGAAGCGAAAUAUUAGAUGCAACCUAUCCCGAUAGUAGCCAACAAAUGGAAAUGCUUAUAAAUGCAUAUGAAGAUAAAAAUACGUUGUUUACAUCGCAACUGGAGGAAUUACAGCUGUUACGUGACAAUAUUGUUCCGCAGAUACAGGAUCUACAAAUAAAUAUCCCUAGUUCCUCAGAUGAAAAUGAACAAGAUCAUGUCAGCGCAUUAAACGCAUCUAUGCAGCUAUGCGUUGAUAAACAACAGCAAUUUGUUAAUACCAACUCGACAAAAUUAGCAUUUAUGAAAAGACAUUUAACGUUGGUCAAGUUUAUAGAGAAAGGAAAUGAGCUAUCUGGAUGGAUACGUCACGCGGAGUUGUCUCUAAUCAACUUCUCAGAGAUUGGAAGAAAUCCAAUUGAAGCAAAGUCUUUGCAAGAACAAUUCGAAGGAUUUAAGAAGACUAUUGAUUGUAUCGGUCAAAGUGUUGAGAACAUAUAUAAAGAAGGCACCAAAUUAAACGAGAGUGGGUUACAUAAUUUUGAAACCUGUAACAAUUGUAUCAAUAACAUCAUGGAAAGUUGGGAUUGCCUUAACCGUUUAUGCAACCUUCGGGAUGAGCUUCUUACCACAUCAGUACAAUUCCAUGAAGCUUCGGAAGAGAUAUUUCAAGUUUUAUCUAGUGCGGAAAGAGAUUUUUCUUCUGGCCGAGAUCCAUGUGAUAUUGCUAGUGAAUUUACAGGAGUUACUAAUAAAAGUGAAGCAAUUUAUGAAUUGAUCGCUAAACAUAACAAGGAAAGAGAUACCAUAAUUGCUGCCUGCGGCCUUGUUCGCGUUUAUUCUACCAACUUGCUAUCGUUAAUUCAAGCUAUAGAUACCUACGCCAACGAAGAGGCAAUAAAUGAAACUUCCAAAGACGAUAUUGUUACCAGUUCGUCAAGAGAACAUCCUCGUCUGAUCAUUGAACAGCUAAGACGUCGUGAGGGUUAUGUUCUUAACUUAUGGCGAUCACAUAUGAUUAGUUUAGAACACUGUAAAGAAUUUAUAAUUUUUGAUACUGAAGCUAAGAAAACUUUAAAUACUCUUCAUGAAUCAAAUAUUUUCCAUAUACCUAUGAAUUUAAAUUAUGAAAAAUUAACAGAAUCUGAAGCAAAACUUCAUUUAAAGUUAUUCCGAGAGAAUGAAGCAAGUUUAAAAGAAAUGUAUCGAACUAUUGAAAAUUUGCUCGAGGAUGGUGUAGAAUUAAUUGAAAAUAAACAUAAUCAUGCGGAUAAUGUUAAAGCUAUGAUGGAUUCGCUGGAAACGAACUAUUAUGAUUGCGAUUAUAACAUGAGCAAACAUCAGUUUCUCCUGGAAGCAAUUACUAAAGGUGAACCAACAACGGAAUAUCCUGAUAAACAUACUUAUCUCCAUAAAAUGUCUAGUAGAGCAAGUUUAUCUAGCCUUCGUUCUGAUUUGCAAAGAUCUGGAAGUCGAGGAUCUCUUAAGAGACAAUUAUCAGAAGAUGAUGAAAAGCAACGAAUUGAACGACGAAAGAAAUUUGUUAUUAACGAGUUGAUUACAACAGAGCAGACAUAUGUAAAAGAUUUAGAACAAGUUAUUAAUAUAUACAUGGAAGCCAUGCAUGGGCCCGACGUUCCAGCUGAAUUAUAUGGUAGAGAUGAGGUCAUCUUUGGAAAUAUUGAAGAAAUUUACAAUUUUCAUAAAAGCACAUUUUGUAAUGAACUUACUGCCUGUAUUGAUAGUCCCGAAAAUGUUGGUAAUUGCUUUAUUUCGCAUGCUGAACAUUUCGAAAUGUAUGUUGAUUAUUGUCGUAAUAAAUCAAGAUCCAACACAGUGGUUAUGGAAUAUGGCCAGACUUUCUUUGAUGAUGUACAACAGCGCUCUUGUUGUGAUGUUUCACUAUCAUCUUAUUUAAUAAAACCUGUUCAAAGAAUGACAAAAUAUCAAUUAUUAUUGAAAGAUCUGAUGGACUGUGUUGAUAGUGGGAAAGAGGAAAUUAAAGCAAGUGUGGAGGUGAUGUUGAGUGUUCCUAGGCGGGCGAAUGAUGCAAUGCAUGCUGGCCUUUUAACAGGCGUAGAUAGCGAUAUAGAAGGGCUAGGAAAAGUUAUUAUGCAAGAUGAGUGCUUAUUAAUGGAUUCAAAGAGUAUUCGACGAAAAGAAAAAGAACGUCAUCUAUUUCUAUUUGAGAAAGCUUUAGUGUUAAGCAAACAAGUAAAGGAUGGGGAUGGCAACGUUAAAAAUUACAUAUUUAAGAGUAGGAUCAUGGUCGCCGAUAUUGCAUCCGUAGGCAGAAUAGAAAACGAGCCUCUUAAGUUUGUUAUAAUUUCGAAAAGGGCUUCAGAUAGCAAAUUAAUUUUCAAAUCUUAUAGCGAAUCCGUAACUGAAGAAUGGAUCAAGCGCUUAAAGCCGCUAGUAUAUAUUGGGAUUGCUAAAUUACGUGGCAAUGUUAGUAUACAAUCAAGGCCAGGUAGUGGCUCAGAAGUAUUUGUAUCUCCAGAAGACUCGGAUGGCGAUUAUCCUCGCUUAAGUGGUAUUGGAUCUGAAAAAGAUUACUCAAGUGGAGAAGAAUUACUCUUAGGUAGUAUUGCUGAACCGCAAGAGAGAAAAACGAAAUGGAGAAAAAAAUCAACGAAAUCAAGAUUUUCACAACAACACUCAUCUGAUGAUUCUAUCCCGCGUUCUUAUGGACUGAAAAGAAGUAGCACUUUACCUGAAUUUAUUAAGGACCCGGACGUCGAUACAGAAUCAACAUCAUCAUCCUUUGAAAUCAAUCAAUAUUAUUACACCGAACCCAGUAAAGGCAAAUUCAAUCGGUCAAAUUCAACUAAAGCUAUACUGAGGAGUACCAAUAAGUUUGCUAAAUCAUUAAUCAAGAAAUCCAGUAGUAAUAAAAAUACUAAAGCGGGGAUAUCACCACCAUUCGAUGAAUCUGUUACUCAUCAAAAUCUGUUAAGAAAGCAUUCGGCUCCUGAAGUGGCAGGAUUCGUUAAAUUACCAUCUUCGCGUAGUCAAAAAGAUUUUGAUACCUUAGAAUCGGAAUUUUGGGCAGAGGAUAUGGAAAAAGUGCUUACUGAGUCUAAAAAGUUUUCAACGCCACCACAGAACGAUAUUCAGACUUCGCUUUUAACAUCAUCCUCUAACUAUUACGAAAGCUCAAUGGACUCCCAUGCUAUAGAGAACAAUUAUACUAAGCAAAUGAAAUCCGAUGUUCAAGCUGUACGAAAUCGUAGCUUAGAUAAAAACAUUCUGCCGAUAUCACCGGUUACAAUUAAAGCAGAAGGGUACUCGAAUGUUGAUGGUCAAAAAGGUAAAAGACUCCUACAGGAAGAAAUACAAAUCAUUCAAGAAUUAAUCAAAUGCGAAGAGUUGUAUGUUCGUGAUCUUGAAUAUAUGAUUAAUGGCUAUAUGACAUUAAUCGAAGAUGGUAAUAAUUAUGAUUGGCAAGUCCCUGAAACAUUAAAACAGAAUAAACAAUCAAUAUUUAGAAACAUUGAGAAAAUUCGAAACUGGCAUAAGAAUGUCUUCUGUAAAAGCUUGAAAUCUUGUUUGGAAAGACCGGAGAAACUAGGUUCUGUCUUUCUGAAAUUUGAUUCUCAGCGUUUAAAUUAUGUCGAAUACUGUUUCAAUAUACCAAAAUCGCAAAUAUUGGUCAAUGAAUAUAACGAUUUCUUUGAGAAAUGUGAAAAAAUGUUAAAUUUGCCAAGCUCUCUACAAGAUUAUGUUAUUCGACCCGUCGAGCAACUGCGUUUAUAUCAAUCAUGGCUAAACAGACUAUUGACUUAUGUCGGUGCAUCCUUGAAUGCUAUCGAUGUUAAGGCUGCAUUGCAUCUGGUUGAAUCGAUCAUAGUUCAAGUAGAAUAUAUGAGCGAAGUUGGAAAAUUGGAAGGUUACGAUGGCAAUAUUCUUAGAUUAGGAAAGUUACUACUACAUGAUUAUCUGACUGUUUACGAGGGAAAAGCCAUCAAGAAAGGAAAGGAACGCUAUGUAUUCUUAUUUGAGCAAGCUAUGAUAUUAGCUGAUACUAUUACUAAUAAGCGACGUAAAUCGGAAACCUUGAAAUAUAUUUAUAAAAAUCACAUUAAGAUGAAUCACGUCCGAUUAGAGGAACAAAAUACUGAAGAUUUAACAAGGUGGUCCAUGUGGGAAACUGGACUUAAUAAUAACAGAGAUGAUUGCUAUCAUUUUCAAGCGAGAUCAGUUAAUGUUAAGAAUACUUGGCUUGAUCGUAUACGUUUUAUCAUGGACAACCAGCGUAGCUUUGCUGAUGCUUUAUCGUCCCCAAUUGAUUACCAAAGUAAACAGAAAAGCUUAUCCAGUUCGUCCUUGCCAUCUUCGAUGGAAUGUUUUAUAGACGAUCCGUUGGAGUUAGGAAUUCGUAGAUCUCAUCACGCAUAUAGUUUGCAACGUAUGAAUGACCUAGACAAUGCCCGCAAACUAAGUAAAGAUAAGUUUAGAAGUCCUGGACUAAUUCAGAAAUUUUUCAGACUAUCACAGGCUACUCAGAGAUCAGGUAGUGAUCCAGUCCUUCCCCUGUCUACCGCGUUGCCAUCCCUCAAAAUAGAUCAUCCUGCAGAUGAUUUAUCACAAAAGAAGUCGGAUCCUACUAGUAGCUUUCCUCAUAUCGAUGCAUUAAUGCUUAACAAAGGCAAGCGCAAAAACAGCAUCCAUGGUUAUGAUAUGCCUGAUGUGCACACACCGCUAGUUGAUCAAGAAGUCUUAUCGUCUACGUCAGCAAUGUUUACAUGUGUCAUACAAGCUAUGGAUAGGCCUGCGAUAACCUGGUUUUUAAACGGCAAUCAACUAUUACAAUCCAACUACAAUAUUCAGAUUGAUUCAUAUAACAAUGAACAUCAGUUAAGAAUUCAGUCAGUUUCUCAAGGUGAUAUUGGCCAAUAUACUUGCCAUGCUAAAAACUUUUCUGGUGAAGUUUCAACUACGGCUCUGUUAAAGUUGAGAGAUGACAAUUAUGACAAUAUUAUAAAUUGGUCUUGGAAGGAAUACUUUUAUAAUAGUUAUAAUUUAUAUGAUGAAAUUGGAAAAGGGAAAUUUGCAGAUGUCAAACAUUGUACUCAUCGUGAGACGUUAAAAGAAUUUGCUGUUAAAAUAUAUCAAAAAGAUAUUAUUUCUAAAGCUGGAGUGCAGCGCGAGCUUGACAUAUGGCAACCAUUGCAACAUGCGAAGAUUUGCUCCUUCCAUGAAGUAUACGACUGUGAAGACAUUUAUAUGAUUGUGAUGGAAUAUUUACCAGGUGGCAGACUGUUUGAUUAUCUUUGCGAUAACGACUGCAUAAAUGAAUUACAAAUUCAGAAUUACAUGAAACAAAUUGGUGACGGUCUCCGAUUUCUGCAUCAAAUGAGUGUCGUUAAAGUUAACUUAAAGCCUGAAAAUAUUAUACUGGAAGGCUGUGAACAUAAGUUUAUCAAAUUGGUUGGCUUUAGUCAUGCUAUUUGUCUUGACGAUUGCCAUAUGAUCGAUUUCGAUGGUGAUGUGGAAUUUGCAGCACCUGAAGUUAUUUCUCAAUCAGGAAUUUCUUCUAUGAGUGAUAUGUGCUUAACUGGCUUAUCGCCAUUCUACAAGAAGAAGAAGAAGGAUACAUGCAAAAUGAUUGUCAGUGGAUCUUAUGACUCGACUUUCCUCAAAGAUAUGUCAGAUGAUUGUCGAAAUUUUAUUAAGCAUUGCUUAGCCAUCGAUCCUUGGUAA